AUGAGGCGUCUGCCGCUGCUGCUCCUGCUGCUGCCGUCACUGACCCGGAGCCUCGGGCUCCGCGACGCGGGCAGACGACACCCCGAGUGCGGCCCGUGCCGGCUGGAUAGCUGCCCCGAGCCCUCGCCCUGCCCAGCGCCCUGGAUCGCCGCGCGAGACGAGUGCGGCUGCUGUGCGCGCUGCCUGGGCUCCGAGGGCGCGAGCUGUGGGGGACGGGUGGGCGCACGCUGUGGUCCCGGCCUGGUAUGUGCGAGUCGCGCCGCGGAGACGGCGCCCGAGGGCACGGGACUCUGCGUGUGCGCGCAGCGCGGCACGGUCUGCGGCUCCGACGGCCGCUCCUACUCCAGCAUCUGCGCGCUACGUAUGCGCGCCCGGCACGCACCCCGCGUGCACCCUGGCCACCUGCACAAGGCACGCGAUGGCCCCUGCGAGUUCGCUCCUGUGGUCCUCAUGCCACCUCGAGAUGUUCACAAUGUCACUGGGGCUCAAGUGUUCCUUUCCUGUGAGGUGAAGGCUGUGCCCACCCCCGUCAUCACCUGGAAGAAGGUCGUGGGUUCUCCUGAGGGCACUGAGGAGUUGGAGGAGUUGCCCGGAGACCAUGUCAAUAUAGCUGUCCAUGUGCGUGGGGGCCCUUCUGACCAUGAGACCACAUCCUGGAUUUUGAUCAACCCUCUGAGGAAGGAAGACGAGGGAGUCUACCACUGUCACGCGACCAAUGCUAUCGGCGAGGCCCAGUCCCACGGCACCGUGACAGUCCUCGAUCUGAGCAGAUACAAACGUCUCCACUCCUCAGUUCCAGCUGACCUCCUGUGAGGAACACGGCUUCUGGAGACACCGGUCACGAUACGAUGGCGACAUCAAGGAGUGGAUCGUUUUGCUCUGUGAAAAUCUGGGGAGACUGCCUGUCGAUGACUGCUUUUUGUAUGGUUUUUAAGAAAGCAAGGCACACUAGAUUCUUA